AUGAUGCUCAGCCCGGAUCACUCUGAUUCUGACCUGCUGUGGCCUCAGUCGGACCCGGAAAUGCUCCUCAAUGUCAUCAAAGUUGAGCAUGUGGCGGAGAAGCCACUGGAAGCGAAUGCGGAUGGUAAGUCCCGUUCCUGCUCCUUGGCACCCCCCCUGACCCACGAGGAGAAGCAGCGGUGGCGCGCAACCAGUAAAGACAGGCAGGCCCACACCAUCCACGAGCACAUCCGAGUUGAGGCCUUCAACGUGGCAUUCGCAGAGCUCCGGAAGCUGUUACCCACAGUUCCGCCUGACAAGAAGCUCUCCAAGAUCGAGAUUCUGGACCUCGCCAUAUAUUACAUAACCUGCCUGGACCACAUGCUAGAUGUUUAA